AUGAGCGUUAUCGCCAGCUAUUAUUACAACGAGGGGAAGCGCGUUCGAGAGGUCGCGAUCGACGAGAGUGUCGCGCCCGACAAAAGCCGAUCAGGCUUCUGCUGGAUCGGUUUGAGUGAGCCGACCACGGAGGAGCUGCGCUCGCUCCAGGAAACCUACGGCCUGCAUCCUUUGGCCAUCGACAACGCGAUGCACCCGCAAUGUCCUCCGAAGCUCGAGGUCUACAACGACGAGCUGUACGUGGUCGCCAAAACCGCCGAGUUGGACGGAGACCGUAUCCGUUACGGCAAGACGGCCAUCUUCAUGGGUCACAAUCAUCUUAUCACUGUGCGACACGGCACGCCGGGCGCCCUGGGAAAUCUCCGGGAGCAGCUUGAGGCAUCACCGACGCUGUUCGGCAAGGGCGUCGACUACGUCCUCCAUGCGAUCCUUCACCGCAUCGUCGAUCAGUAUCUCCCGAUCUUCGAGAUGAUCGAGGACGAUGUUCUGGCGAUGGAGCGCCGAUCACUGGACGACUUCCUCGGUCGCAAGGAGGUCGCUCGCAUUUUCGGCCUGAGGUGCGAGCUGACGAGGUUCCAGCGGACACUGGGAGCGAUGGCCGAGCUGGUGCGCAAGCUCGUCCGGGGGCACUUCCCUUGCAUCAGCACAGAGGUUCGGCCGUACUUCAACGACGUCGCGGAUCAUGUCUCGCGCGUGCAGGCAAUGGUCGACGGCCUCCUGCAGGUCCUUUCGUCUGUUUUCGAGUUCAGCAGCCUACUGGAAGCGCAGCGGACCGGCGUCAUCACCCGGCAACUCGCCGCCUGGGCCGCGAUCCUCGCCGUGCCCACCGCGAUCGCCGGAAUAUACGGCAUGAACUUCAGGCACAUGCCCGAGCUGGACACCGCCUAUGGCUAUUUCGUCGUGCUCGGGGUGAUGACGUUGUUCUGCGUCUUCCUGUUCCUGCGCUUCAAAAAGGCAAAAUGGCUGUGA